AUGAUCGUCCGACAAGGCGGAAGGAUCAAAGCUGUCAGCAGUGAUGGAAACAGCAGUGCGCCUACCGGCAGCCCGACGUUAUCAUCGGUGAUCACACAUGCCCGAGAUGCUUUUAUCGAUGAAGGUGUUCCGCUGCUGGAACGUCUCCUCCAAGGAAGUAGUAGCACAACACCGUUUGUGUUGCUUAUCCAGAACGCUCGCGCAAGUGCGCUGGUCAUUGCCGCGGCAGCCAUCCUGAAGCGAGUGUGCGUGUUGGUUCCGUUGUCGAGAGCAACAACCUUGGUACCAUAUGUCGCCGAGUACACCGGCAUUUCUCUGGUUAUCAAUCCCGAGACAAACCAAGUCUCACACCAUCAUGUCGUUCCAUCGACCACAACACCCCGAGAUGCUUGGCUCCAGCACUCGCAAGUGCAAGACCGUGGUGGUGUGUGCAUGCUCACUUCUGGCAGCACUGGCUUGCCCAAGAUCGUCUUUUGCACAUGGACCAGCAUGUUUCUCCAAGGCCAAGCCACGCAUGAGCUACUCUUCCCUCAAGGCCCUAGCCGCGUCGUCUGUGCUUCGUCUAUUGCUCAUGCUUAUGCUAUCAACGCACUGUUUGCCAUUUAUACGUCCCCGUACGGCCACUUGUGUGAACUGCACCUCGACAUCCACGUCGAAGCCAUCCGCCUCCCCUUCUCCUGCACUAGCACCCCAUGUCCAACCAUUCUCUACGGCACACCAGGCACUUUUACGAAACUCACCACACUCGAUACCACCUCCUCAGCUUGCUCAUUGAGCCAUGUCAUGGCAUUCAGUGCCGGCACCGCCUUGCCGCUGGACCUGAGGCAUGCGCUCAGAGACAAAUUUGGCCUCACUGUGCUUCAAAACUACGGCUCUACCGAAACUGGCGGCAUUGCGACGGAAUUAUUGACUACGGCCUCCACCAACCCUUUCGGCGGAUCGUUGCAAGCGGUGGGGCAACUUUGGCAGGGCUCCCAAGUGCACAUUGCCGUUCCGACGAAUCCGUGCCGACUCCUCGAUGGCGAAGAACGCGGUGAGAUUCUAGUGCUGACGCCAUGGCAAUGCAUCGGGUAUGUGGAGCAUGGCACUUUAUCCCCAAUUAGCCGCACUGGGUUCUACCACACGGGAGAUGGCGGCGACAUGACCAACGAUGGCAUCCUGUACGUCGGGUACAGAUUGCGAGACCCAAUCCACGUCCGUUCGCAAGGAAUGGACGUGUUUGUACCGCCGCAACAAGUGGAGCGAGCCAUCCUGAACAACCCACACGUGACAGAUGUCCUGUUGCCGCUGUUGAUCAAAGUGCCGUCGAAGGUAGGCUACGUCAAGCCGGUGGCGCUGGUCGUGGCCCCAAAAAGUACGCUGGAUGAGUUGACGGCGUGGUGCACUGCGCAUCUGCCUACGAUGCUACAAGACUUGGACAUUCGGCUCGUCGAGUACCUGCCAUGCAGUCCUGCCGGAAAGCUCAUGUAUUCGUUGCAUGUCGAUUAGCUGGUAAACCGUACAAAAGUAUUAAACGAACGACAUUAAUUCAAUCAUUCGAGCAA